AUGUGGCUUGCUUCCGUGCUCUUCCUGGCUUCUGCGAUUUGGAGAGGCCGCGGGGCACGAGUAGAUUCUCGUGAGGAUGCACAUAGUGACCACAAGGAAGCGGUGACCUAUCGAGAGGCGCCGGAGCUGCUCAAAUACCGCACCUUCAAUGAAACUGGCAUGCGCCUUCUCAUCUCGGGUGCAGACCUGCCCCUCGUCGCUUCAUCGAGCCUUGUAGAGGAGGACUCCAAGGCAAAACUGCUUGAAAAGUUGCCGAAGGAGUGGAGAUCAAAGCUGGAGAUCGUGAAGCAGCUGGGCCGGGGAGCCUUCGGGAAGGUCUUCUUGUGCAAGGUUCUGUGCGAGUCAGACUCCGACGUGUAUGUCUCUGUGAAGCUCAUUCAGACUGAGGUCCCCUUCAGUCCCAUGAAGCUGUGGAUCAAGAGGGAGGUUCAACUCCUGGAGACAAUGCAGGACUACUCCGACUUUUGCAUUUCGACAAUUGGCUCGCCAUCCUCCGUCGACAACAAAGAUGGCACCUGGAUUAUGAUGCCUUUCAUGAAUGGAGGAGAGUUGCGAGAUCUUGUCCGUCGCUGUCGGAACACCGAGGGUUGCAGAAAUUUUAACAACCGGUUAGAUUGGACGAAAGUCAACCCCCAGUGGAACACUGCAUACAUUUUGGUGCUUUUUCACGACAUUGUAGCCGGAGUGGAGGCGCUGCAUGAGCAGUCGGGGAUGCUCCAUGCAGACCUUAAGCUGGAGAACGUGAUGUUGAACUGUCGAGGUGACAAGUGCUACGCGGCUGUCAUUGACCUAGGAAUUGCCUGCAACCCACAGCUCUGGAUGCUUCGGAAGCUCCCGCUUCCGAUGCCCGGGGUUUGUGGAAGGUCCGGCACCCCGAGGUACCUGCCUCCUGAGGUCUACAAAGGCAGUGCAUGGGCCAUGUCAAGCCCAGCGCGAGAUGUGUGGGCGCUGGGAAUCAUCCUCUACUUCCUCAUGUACGGAGGUGUACCCCCAUUCUUCCAUGGGAAUCCGGCGGAGGUGAUUCUUGAGUAUGAUGUUCGGGCAGACCCCAACAUCCCUGGCACGAAGGAGGUUGACGAGCUUGUCCGUGAGAUGUUGACCUCAGACUACACCAAGCGCCCCUCCCUCGCAGAAAUUCGGAUGAAGCUUGAGGAUCUUAUCGAGCUUGAGGAUUCUCCGGAGGCCAUGACGAUGCUCCGCCAAAGCCCUGCAGAACGUGGGGCCGCGGUGGCAACGCCCGAGUGCCUGCAGACCCCUGAUGGAGGAAAUUGA